UGGGAUUUGUUUUUCCGAAACGCUAAUGCUGGCCAAGCAUAUGAUCCCCAUCUACCGGAUCAGUUGGAAAGAAAGGCAUCAUUUCUUCAGAGCCAUGGCCUGGCCCAGACACCAGGUAAAGCUGAAAAGCUUGUUGAAGAUCACCUUGCUGUGCAGUCUUUGAUAAGAGCAUAUCAAAUCCGUGGCCAUCAUGUAGCUCAGCUGGAUCCCCUUGGAAUUCUGGAUGCAGACUUGGAUUCAUUUGUUCCAUCUGACUUAAUCACUACAAUCGAUAAACUUGGGUUUUAUGGUUUGCAUGAAUCCGAUUUGGACAAAGUCUUUCAGCUGCCUACAACCACCUUCAUAGGAGGAAAUGAGAACAGUCUUUCUUUACGAGAGAUCAUCAAACGGCUGGAGAAUACCUACUGCCAACACAUUGGCUUGGAGUUUAUGUUCAUCAAUGAUGUGGAGCAGUGCCAGUGGAUCCGGCAGAAGUUUGAGACUCCAGGAGUGAUGAAGUUUACUAAUGAGGAAAAAAGGACUUUGUUGGCAAGGCUGGUGCGCUCAAUGAGAUUUGAAGACUUCCUUGCUCGCAAGUGGUCUUCCGAAAAGAGAUUUGGUUUGGAAGGAUGCGAAGUAAUGAUUCCUGCACUUAAGACCAUCAUUGAUAAAUCCAGCGAAAUGGGAAUUGAAUAUGUUAUAAUGGGGAUGCCUCAUAGAGGUAGGCUGAACGUAUUGGCUAACGUAAUCCGAAAAGAGCUGGAGCAGAUCUUCUGUCAGUUUGAUCCCAAACUUGAAGCAGCUGAUGAGGGAUCUGGGGAUGUAAAAUAUCAUCUGGGAAUGUACCAUGAGAGGAUCAACCGAGCAACAAACAAGAAAAUUACUCUGUCGCUGAUGGCUAACCCUUCUCACUUGGAAGCAGUUGAUCCUGUUGUGCAAGGGAAGACAAAAGCUGAACAGUUUUAUCGAGGAGAUACGGCAGGGAAAAAGGUUAUGUCCAUAUUAUUACAUGGGGAUGCUGCCUUUGCAGGACAAGGAGUGGUUUACGAGACGUUUCAUCUUAGUGACCUCCCAUCCUACACCACGAAUGGCACUAUUCACGUUGUGGUCAACAACCAGAUUGGCUUCACCACAGACCCCCGUAUGGCCCGUUCUUCUCCAUAUCCUACUGACGUUGCUCGUGUGGUCAAUGCUCCCAUUUUUCAUGUAAAUGCUGAUGACCCUGAAGCAGUGAUGUAUGUGUGCAGUGUAGCUGCAGAAUGGCGAAACACAUUCAAUAAAGAUGUGGUGGUUGACUUGGUUUGUUACCGUAGGAGAGGGCACAAUGAAAUGGAUGAACCGAUGUUCACCCAGCCUCUAAUGUACAAGCAGAUUCAUAAACAGGUGCCGGUGCUAAAGAAGUAUGCUGACAAACUGAUUGCAGAUGGGACUGUAACACUGCAGGAGUUUGAGGAAGAAAUUGCAAAGUAUGAUAGAAUAUGUGAAGAAGCAUAUACUAGAUCUAAGGAUAACAAGAUCCUACAUAUCAAGCACUGGCUUGAUUCACCUUGGCCUGGGUUCUUUAACGUGGAUGGAGAACCCAAGAGCAUGUCUUGUCCUCCAACUGGCAUUUCAGAAGACCUGCUGACUCACAUUGGCAACGUAGCUAGUUCAGUGCCAGUCAAAGACUUCAAAAUACAUGCAGGACUCUCUCGGAUUUUGAGAGCCCGCCUGGAAAUGACCAAGAACAGGGUUGUUGACUGGGCCUUAGCAGAAUACAUGGCUUUUGGCUCUUUUCUGAAAGAAGGGAUCCAUGUCCGACUAAGUGGACAGGAUGUGGAGAGGGGUACUUUUAGCCAUCGUCAUCAUGUGCUUCAUGAUCAAGAAGUUGACAAGAGAACGUGUGUUCCCAUGAAUCACCUCUGGGAGCAGCAGGCCCCCUAUACAGUGUGUAACAGCUCCCUCUCUGAAUAUGGUGUCUUAGGUUUUGAACUUGGCUUCGCUAUGGCAAGUCCCAAUGCCUUGGUGUGCUGGGAGGCCCAGUUUGGCGACUUCCACAACACGGCGCAGUGUAUAAUAGACCAGUUCAUCAGCUCCGGCCAGGCCAAGUGGGUUCGUCACAACGGGAUCGUCCUGCUCUUGCCACAUGGAAUGGAAGGAAUGGGUCCAGAGCAUUCAUCAGCCAGGCCUGAGAGGUUUCUGCAGAUGAGCAAUGAUGAUUCUGAUGCUUAUCCAGAGUUCAGUGAGCAGUUUGAAGUUUCCCAGCUGUAUGAGUGCAACUGGAUUGUGGUGAAUUGUUCAACUCCAGCCAAUUACUUUCACGUCCUCAGAAGACAGAUCUUGCUGCCAUUCAGAAAACCGCUGAUUAUUUUGACACCCAAGUCACUGCUGAGGCAUCCAGAAGCUAAAUCCAGUUUUGAUGAAAUGGUGUCUGGUACCACUUUCCAACGUGUGAUUCCUGAGAAUGGGCUGGCCACUCAUGAACCACAUGAGGUCAAGCGAGUGAUUUUCUGCACAGGAAAAGUGUACUAUGAUCUUGUGAAAGAGAGAAAGAAUCAAGACCUGGAGAAACAAGUAGCUAUAACCAGACUGGAACAGAUCUCACCAUUCCCCUUUGACCUGCUGAAAGAAGAACUUGAGAAGUAUCCAGGUGCUGAUCUGGUUUGGUGUCAGGAGGAACACAAAAACAGUGGAUACUAUGAUUAUGUCAAACCUCGUUUCCGCACUAUUGUGAACCACACUCGACCUAUAUGGUAUGUUGGCCGAGAGCCAGCUGCUGCAGCUGCCACAGGCAACAAGAACAUGCAUCUGGUGUCGCUCAGAAGGUUCUUGGAUACAGCUUUCAACCUGGAGGCCUUUGAGGGAAAAACAUUCUAACUGCAGGGCACCGACCCAUCUCUGUCUAGUAGUCUCUCAAAUCACUUCAUCCGAAAGAGGAAAUAAAAGUGGGGAAAAUACUGGAAAAUAUAUAUUUUUGCUUUACCAGAUAAAAUGAUCCAGCAGCUGACUU